AAAGAGUAGAGGAAGACAAAAUGAGAGAAAGAUGACAUUACUUACUGAAAUGAAGGACCAUUACCCGAUUAGACUUACUUAACACAAACAUGAUAAAAACGUUUUGUUGUAUGUCACGAGAUGAUUUUGACAAACCGUUUCCAUAUUUUAGAAAACCCGUGGAAAAUGGGUAUUUUUCAAAAGAUAGAGCAGGUACAUUUCUUCAUGACAAAAGUCUGUUGCGUUUUUAUUAUGUUCCCAAUAACUAUGAGAACGUCUGUUUUGACUUGAAAAGAGGAUAUAGAAAUCUAAUAAAGAAAGAUGAAACGAAAAAAGAAUAUUUGGAUGAUUUGCUUCGGUGGGUUAUGUUAAAUUAUAAAAAGUUUCAGUUAGAAGUUGAAAAUGAUGUAGGGAAGACACAAUUCACAAGCUUGCAUACUGAUUUUAUUUGCUGGCGUGGCUUAUUGACAAAGUUGCUGUGUACACCAUUUGAAAACCGAGAUGACUGGUGUAUUGCUGUUUGCCUCUUUAAUGGGACCUACUAUCUGUGUGAAUUUGACACGGAGAAAAAGGAACGAGAAAAACGGUCGAUGUCAGAUCGACAAGAUGAGAUGUGUUACUGGGGCUGGAAGUUUGAACAGUAUGUCACUGCAGACAAACCAGAUGGUAAGCCGAACACUUCUCAGCCCGUCAACAAUAAUGAAGCUUUUUGCACUGUUGUCCGAACUCGACUGACCUCUCACUCCCUUGUGUUUGGAGGUGAAGUUGAUGCAGUGGAUCCAAGGUCUGCUGGCGUCCGUCAGUAUGUAGAGAUGAAAACGACAAGAGAAAUAGACACACACAGACAGAUGGAAAACUUCAAAAGAUUCAAGCUGAUUAAAUGGUGGGCACAGAGUUUCCUUGUGGGCAUUACAAAGAUCGUAUGUGGUUAUCGUGAUGAUGAUGGUGUGGUGCACAGAAUUGAAGAGAUGGAUGUACCCAAACUACCAGAUAUGGCCAAGAAUCUGAGGGAUCCUUGGAAUCCAGCCAUAUGUUUCAACUUUCUGGACCAGUUCCUGCAGUUCAUUAAAAAUAUUGUGAAAGUGGAUGAUCCACAGUUGUUUGCAUUUCAGGAUUGUCUAUUUGUGUCGCUGGUCUCCACAUAAGGACAUCACAUGUUCCAGGCUGGAGCCCGAUUCUUCCUUUGUGUUUUUACCAAAGUGGUUCACAGAGUGGAAUGUUUGGAAGAAAUGAACAUUCUGGAUUGUCAGCUGGUCUCUAGUAACACUUUCAUCUGUUAACAUAGCCUAGUUAAUGAUAUAAUUAAGUAAUGUUUGUCAUCAGAAACCAGAAACUGCAGCACUUGUUUUACAAGUUGGGUGGGUUGUAGCCCACUGGUGAAAUGCUCACCUGAUGUGCCGUCAGUCUAGGAUCUAUCUCUGGCGGUGAGCUCAUUGGGUUAUUUGUCAUUCCAGCCAGUGCUCCACAGCUGGUAUAACAAAGGCCAUGGUAUAUACUAUCCUGUCUGUGGGAUGAUGCAUUUAAAAGAUCCCUUGCUGCUAAUUGAAAAGUGUAGCUCAUUGAGUGGUGACAGCGGGUUUCCUCUCUAAUUAUCUCUGUGGUCUGUAAUAUGACUAAUGACAUAUAACUGUAAUUAAAAUGUGUCAAGUGCAUUGGUAAAUAAAAUAUUUCUUUCUUUUUUUCUUUCUUGGUUUUCAAGAAACGGGAUGUUGCUCAUUGCUGGAGCACAUGCCUGAGGAGCAACACAGGUUUUGUCCAUCCCAGCUGGCACCCCAUGUUUGGUGCGUCAAAGGCUGUGACAUGUACUGUCCCAUCUAUGGGGAAAGUGUACAUAUAAAAGAUCUCUUGCGGUUUUAUCAUUAGGAGUAGCCUAUAUAGUGGCAGCUGCUUUCUUCUCUAUCAACCAAACGUUGAAAUAAUCACGCUACACCAAAUAGGUGUAGUAUUAAUUACAUUUCAUAAAGGCAAUGAAAAUGUUAACAAAACAAUAACCUAGAUCAGUUAACCCUGUCAUUUCCUCGUUGAAGGAAAAUUACCAAACAGGACCAACAAUUAAACAUACUCAGAGGUGUGAGACCGUUUGACGCCAUUUUGGCACAUGGUAGUUGUCUACUUGUGUUUACUGGCCAUGGUUGAACGAACUCGCAGAAAGUUAUACUUUUGUUUCUAAUCAAAUGAUCUGUUGAAAAAAAUUACGUCCAGUCAAGUGAUGCAAAUUGUCUUUAUUUUUUUAACAAAUUAUUUUGUAUAAUGGUUGUCCAGUUCUAGAAGAUGAAUAUCAGGCCGACGGCAUAUAACCGUAAAUAAAAUGUGUUGAGUGCAUUAUUAAAUAAAACAUUUCCUUCCUGAAUAUCAGGAUUAAUGAACACAUUUAUAGUGUAGAGUUCGUUUUGUAUUCUGGGUGUCCAUAAGGUGGGGUUUCCGGACUACUGGACUACUGGAGCCUGGAUUAUCGAGGUCUUACUGUAUAUAUAUUUUGAAUUAUGUUUGUAUAUAUAUCUAUGAAGAGCUCUUGUUGUCAUCUUGUCAGUGUAAAUACCAUUUGUAUAAUAAUUCCUCAUAUGCUGUCAUUUGACGGCCUGAUUGUACAAGGAAAGUGAUUACCUUAUAAUUGGUGAACUCUAGAAGACUGUAGGCCGAUAGAUAUUGUAAAAAGAUCAGCUUAAUAAAACCUUGUUCUGUUUGCUGGUAACCACACAAAACAUCAAUAUGUAACUUGGUUUGUUGAUGUAAAGUACUAUUUCAUGUUUAAUACAGAACAAAACAACAAAAACUACACUCAGUACAAGUGGUGUUAAAAUAUAGUUAAAGGUAAGUUUCAAAUAGAACA